AUGGGCACAAUCGGAAUUCGACUUGGAGGAGUCAAAAAGGACAACAAAAAAGCGAGUACAGUCGGAUACGUCGAUACGAGGUCGUCUGCUCAUAGACUGAGCACCAAACUGAAUCCUUCAUGGCACGGAAAGGAUAAGAAUUUCCUCACUGAAAUUACAAGAGUAACUGUGGAAGUUGGCAUUAUAAAAUUAGUGAACUCAGGAGAAUGGAUAUGCUUAAGACACUUGCUAUGGAUCAAAGCGUUUCUUACCCCACGUUCCGUCGAUCAAGGAUUGAAAGAUUUGGUGUCGGAUAAACUGGAGCAGGCUAAAUCUGAAGUGGUGCAUUUCGAGGAAAUCAACACAGUAAAAAACUAUCGAAAGGAUCAAGCCUUAGAUAGUUAUUUGACAAUCCUCACGGCAGAUUUAAUCCACGUUAUCCGAAUAUUCGAUGGAUUUAUGGAUACGGAAGAAAUCAAAGGCUUCGUUGAUCACUUGUUGAAUACAUUCAACAAAACUAAUCUCAAUACUAUACUUUCUCAGUUGGAACAUCUGAAAAAUAAAAGUAUUGUGAAUAUCGACGAGAGACGGAUACAUUCGGUGGUUCACUUGAUGUCGUGCUGUACGGGACAGCGUCCCGCCACAAUUAUGACUGCCCUGAUCUAUCACGACAAAAAAACUUACAAGAACGAUGGAUUAGUGAAGAAACUAUUUUGUCUGGCGUCCAAAAACGGCGGCGAGCUUGUUUUUCCAGUUCCUAAUUUUCUUCAAAACUUCCUUACGAAGACGAAGAAAACUUUCUUCGAUCCAUUAUGUGAAUCGACGAAUUCCGAUGACGUUCUUCAAGCUUCACUAAAAUAUCGCAAAGCUUUUUUGAGGAAGCAGAAGAAGAGAUGCGCGGCGAUUCUGAAAGCCUCCCAUACAAAAGGAAGAACCAUUCAGGACGAGCUCGAGGAGCAAGGUUUCUUGGUCGUACGACCGAGUCGUUUAUAUGGAGAGAAUGGGACUACUUCCAAUUCAAUUCAUUCAACUGAAGAGACAGUAGACAUCUGA